UUGCCCUGACUUACUCUGUCGCCUUUUGAUAUUAGCUACUCAAGAAUCUUCCCCUCCAGUUUAAUUUCACCUUUAAAAUUCCCAUAGGUGGUGGUACUGGUUUCAUAGGAUCUCGCUUAGGGGAGCUUCUAAUACGUAGCUCUUACACUGUUACAAAUGUAUCGCGUAUGCCUGGCAUUAACAACAUUUCAUGGACAGACCUUGAAUGUACCGGCCUGCUACCCAUGACAAAUGCAGUUGUUAAUUGUGCUGGUCAACAAGUCAUGGAUCUGACUAAAAAAUGGACUCCUGGGUUCAAGCAAAAUGUAGCCAGUUCUCGCAUCUAUACAACUAAAGCACUUGCAAAGGCAGUGAAUACAGCCAAACAUAAACCUAAGGUUUUUGUUCUCAUAACAGGUGUAGGUGCUUAUGAGGCUUCACCAUAUUGUAGGUAUGAUGAAAGCAGUGCUAUUACUGGGAAAGACUUUUUUUCUACUUUGUGCAAAGAUUGGGAAGCUGCAGCCGAUAUAAAACCACCCGUAAGACUUGUAAUAAUUCGGUCUGGCGUGGUUAUUGGCAGAUGGGGUGGUAUGAUCAAGAAUAUGUUUCUACCAUUCUGGCUUGGCUUAGGGGGACGUUUAGGCGAUGGAAAGCAGUUCCUCCCAUGGAUUCACAUUGAUGAUCUUUGUCGAAUGAUACAAUUUGCUAUAGAAUCUAAAAUAGAAGGCAUAGUGAAUGGAGUGGCACCACAAGUCAUUACAAAUGAAGAAUUUACACAGGCUUUUGCAAGAGCCCUAAGACGUCCAGCAUUGUUACCUAUCCCUGAACUACUUCUGAAAUUUUUGUACAACCCAGAACGCGCCCGUAUGUUACUCACUGGACAAUAUGUGAUAUCUAAAAGAGCUGAAGGAAUUGGGUUUAAAUUUCGAUAUAAAACAAUAGAUGAAGCAUGUAAAGAAGUUGCUCGGCUUUACCCACUGAAACUUCCUUUGACUCCAACGUCGUCAUUAUAGCUACACAAACAUCCUAUUGCAAUAGGCUUUCGCAAAUGCUCUCAGAAGACCUGCUAUCCUGCCAGUACCAGAAUUCGUGCUGAACACACUUUUGAACCCUGAACGUGCAAUGAUGUUAACCCAGGGACAGCAUGUUGUACCUAAAAGGGCCCUUGAA